GUAAUAAAUUUAGUUUCAAUUAUAAUGGGAUUAGGAGGCAAUUAGAACCCUAUACCAGCGUCAUUAAUGCAAAUUAUUUUGCAUGUUUAGAGCUGCACACCCCUCCCUCCCAUUUAUACGAGAAUAAGGUUGAUAAAUACCUUUUUUUUUAUGAUGGAUCCUAUAAUUUUCACCGGAGAGGAUAUAUGAUUCAAAUAAUAUAUAAUAAUUGCUUCAAAAGGGACAAUAGAAAUCAUCAAGCAUUAAUAAAUAAAUAAAAAAUGAUUUUUCCUAAGGAGAAUAUAUGGAUCUGACUUUUAUGAGACUAUAAGAGAAUUACAUUGCUAACAUCUCAGGGGCGUACUGAUGAUAUUAAACUCUUAAGAGGGGUUAAAAAUUAAAAUUUACGAACUUUAAAGUUAAAUUUAUAAUUAUUCAAUAGGAAAAAAAAUUUCACAGGGGCCAGCGUGCAUAUGAUGUUUCCUAAUAUUCCAUUCUUAUUAAAAAAGAAAUAUCUCAUCUAUUUCCACCACUUUUAUAAAAACUAUUAAUAAUAAUAAUAAAUUUUUUUUCAUAAAGUUUCAGAAAACAACGUUAUAAAAUAAAUACAACAAUUAAAGAGAGAGAAAGAACCGGAAGCCGUAGAGAAGCAGCGAGUGACUAUUACAUAAUUUACAUUUCACCGCUCUCCUUUUCACUAAUAUUAUAUACUCUCUAUAUAAAACAAAAUUAUUAAACAGAUUCCUCCCUCACUCUCUUCUUCCCCCUCCUCCUCCUCUCCCUCUGAACUCCUGCGAUCUCCGACGUAUUCACUUCUGCAAGAUCCAAUUCACUCAAGGAGCAGACAUGAUAGAAUGCAGCGUAUGCCACUCGAAAAUAUCAGCAAAUAAUAACAACAGCAAAGCAGUGGCCAGAGCAUACGAUAGACAUAGAAGCGAUGUGUCGUCUAAAACACGCUUUCUUAAUGUUCUUUUGGUAGUUGGCGAUUGCAUCUUAGUCGGUCUCCAGCCAAUAUUGGUGUAUAUGUCAAAGGAGGAUGGGAAAUUCGAGUUUAGCCCUAUAAGUGUUAAUUUCUUGACCGAGACUGCAAAAGUUUUUUUUGCAAUUUUUAUGCUCUUGAUCCAGGCUCGACGAAAAAAAGUUGGGGAGAAAUCUCUUCUUUCUCUCUCUACCUUUGUCCAGGCUGCUCGAAACAAUGUGCUUCUUGCUGUUCCAGCUUUCCUAUAUGCAGUUAGCAAUUAUUUAAAGUUUAUUAUGCAGCUUUACUUUAAUCCUGCGACGGUGAAGAUGCUGGGCAACCUAAAGGUUUUGGUGAUUGCUGUGUUGUUGAAGAUGAUCAUGAAACGGAGAUUCUCGAUCAUUCAGUGGGAAGCUCUUGCUCUAUUGCUCAUUGGAAUUAGUGUGAAUCAGUUACGAACUCUGCCCGAGGGCUCCUCUGCAAUGGGUCUUCCAGUUGCAACAGGAGCAUACUUGUACACACUAAUUUUUGUUAGUGUUCCAUCAUUCGCAUCAGUCUACAAUGAGUAUGCUUUGAAGAGUCAAUUUGAGACUAGCAUUUACCUUCAGAACCUUUUCCUGUAUGGAUAUGGUGCCAUAUUCAACUUCCUAGCCAUUCUUGUGACUGCCAUAUUUAAAGGUCCUAGUAGCUUGGAUAUACUACAUGGGCAUUCAAGAGCUACCAUGCUGUUGAUAUGUAACAAUGCAGCACAAGGGAUUUUAUCAUCUUUCUUUUUCAAAUAUGCAGGUGAUUUUCCAUUCUGUUCUUUGAUAUUCUUCAUUCAUACAAUUUUGAAAAAGUACUCGUCAACAGUAGCAACAAUUUUUACAGGAAUAGCAUCUGCUGUACUUUUUGGUCAUGCCCUGACUAUGAAUUUUAUCUUAGGAAUCUCUAUUGUGUUUAUCUCCAUGCACCAGUUCUUUUCACCACUUUCAAAGGUUAAGGAUGAACCACGGGAUGAUAGUCUGGAAACGGUUGGUAGUCAGAACAGCCAGAGGUCUAAGGAUUCAUCCUUCAUAAAUAUGACAGCUGGAGCCAAUGAUGAUGCUAGUCAUCAUGUUGGACAUGAUGAGAAGGCACCUCUGCUUCCCAUAUAGAGUUUUCAGUGGGUAGGAUCCACACUAUUGUUUUCUGAUACUUAAGCUAUAACAGCUAGUAGACUUGCUUUUUCCCCACAAAGACAAGGACACCCGCAACUACUGAUAUUGCAUGGAUGCACAGAUCAUCUACCUAUGAAUGAAAUUCCCCGAGUCUGUUCUGUUGGUCUAGUUGGCAGCUACAAGAGUUAGGACCUUAGAUAUGCGCACAAAAAUAUUUAGAGGCGUGGUGCCUUGCACUGAUCGAAGAAGAGAAGAUAUUCAUGAAGACGUUCUAUUAGGCUUGUCUACCUGAGCUUAUUUAUUUACUGUCUAAAGUUUUGCCUGUCACACAUGGAACAAUAGAACAUCCAAAUGUGAAGGAUCUCAUGAAAAUUAUUGGCAAAAGCUGAGAAACACAACGUCACAAAUGAAAGCACAGAAUCAGGGACAAAAAGCCCAAAUUAGUAGCGAGACAAGAAAAACCCUGAAAGCUUCCCGCUGACCACCGCCUUUUCAUGGACUCCGUUUUGCCAAGCCAAAUGAUUGAUUUCUUUUUUAUGUCCCCAUGUUUUUUACUGCACUUUUUGUUUUUAGAUAUCUCAGUGCAGAGAUGCUCUUGGUCUGUACAUUACAUUCAUAGAGGGUGGAUCUAUAAAUAUAGCUGAGAAGAUUACCAGCUUUAGCAA